AUGGGGAACAUACUGCUCCUUGUGGGCUCGAUUAUUGGAGGCGUCAUCCUUCAAUUCUUGCUUCUUGCAAUCUACAAUGUCUUCUUUCAUCCUUGCCGUAAAUUCCCCGGCCCAAAGAUCGCUGCAGCUACUGGAUUUUUUUACCAUUACAAAUGUCUAAAGGGCGAGGAAGUUGCAUGGGAGACGGAAAUGCACAAAAAGUACGGAGAAGUUGUCCGCCUUGCACCUGAUCGAUUGUCUUUCGUGACAGCCGGAGCCUGGAGAGACAUUGCUGGCACCUCAGUUGGGAAACGCCUUGAGAAUCGGAAGGACCUGUCAGCGAUUCCAUCAAACAUCAAAGGCAUACGAUCUUUGGCCUCGGAACAUAGGUCAGAAGUCCACAGGCCGCGACGAAGAAUUUAUCAGAACGCGUUUAGCGAUAAAGCCUUGAAGAAACAAGAGCCCUUGAUUCUCGGCUAUGUCAACUUGCUCGUCAAGGUUAUCAAGGAAGCUGGCACAAACGACUCAAUCAGCAAAGUGGACAUCCAGAAGCUGCUCAACUGCUGUACGUUUGACGUGAUGGCAGACUUGACAUUCGGGGAGCCUCUCGGUCUACUCGAGCAAUCCGAGUUGAGUCCAUGGGUCGCACAGAUCUUUGGCAACAUAAGAAUUGGUUCGAUUAAACGCGUCUCCCUUGAGUACCCAAUCAUGGAGCAUUUAAUCAAAGCCAUUACACCCAAGUCUCUCAAAGCCGCAGCAAUGACACACUACGACUACUCUGCCCUGCGCGUCGAGAAGCGACUCGCAAAGGGAGUCGACAUUGGCAAACCGGAUAUCUGGUCGCUGGUCAUGACCAAGAAUGAGCAGAACGAGAUACCAAAAGAGAUCAUGAUGGCAGACGCUAUGACAUUCAUGAUCGCGGGAACAGAGACGACGGCUUCGACACUCAGCGUCCUCUUCUACCUCUGCCUAACGCAUCCAGAGCAGAUGCAAAGGCUCCAAGCAGAAGUACGUGCUCUGCGCGAGGACGAAUUGACUCUUGAUACAUUGCACCACCUACCUUUCAUGACCGCAUGUCUCAAGGAGAGUCUACGGGUCCACCCCGUCGUUCCCAUUCCUAUAUUCCGCAAGACUCCACAGGGCGGCAACGCCAUCGACGGACAAUGGAUCCCAGAAAAUACUCGCGUCGCAGUCUCUCAAUUCGCAGCCUACCACCACAGCACCAACUUCAAAGACGCAGAUUCCUUCAUUCCUGAGCGCUGGCUCCCUGGCACUGGCUACGAUAGCGACCACAAAGACGCUUUCCAACCCUUCUCGCUUGGACCGCGCAACUGUAUCGGGCAAAAUCUUGCGAAUCACGAGAUGCGCAUCAUUCUUGCGAAACUCUUAUGGAAUUUUGAUUUCGAAUUGUGCGAGGAGAGUCGGAGCUGGAUCAACCAAAAGGUCUAUCUCCUGUGGGAUAAGCCCCCGCUUAUUGUCAAGGCGAGGUAUAUCAGGGGUUGA